AUGGAAGACGUUCGGACGGAGAGACACGUUGAGCACAAUGCGGAUCGCAGGGCGAGGGAGCUUUACCGCUACUACCAGCCUUCCAUACAACCUAGCGUGGUACCGUCUUGGGUUCCGACGAGCGAGGAGUUCCCAUUCUCUAGCUCUUCAGGCAAUAUCAACACACCGCCAGUCUCUGAAGGCUCGGCGCCCUUGGAGUCCGAUAGAUUCCGUCCAUCGACUGCACUUGGCCGUGACGCUCUGAUCUUGGGCACCUCAAACAGCACUUUGACUGCAUUUGCUCAACUGGCUGCCUUACGUCUGAACGUCGAGCGAGUUGUCAUCGCUGUGACGGAUCGCGACAGACAACAUAUUAUUGCCGAAGCCACAAGAAGUCUUAACUUGAAUGACGCUUCGGUUCACGAUGAGAAAGAUCACAUUUGGUUCGGGGCGUCCGAUACCCGCAGAGUGUGGAGAGUGUGCAAGGACACUGUUUCAUUGCCACCCAACAAUCGCGAGACCGCCGAGUAUCAAUUUCUACUUGUCAACGACAUGAGCGAGCAUGAUCGUUAUAAGCGCCAGCCCUUUGUCGAAAACGACCCACACUUUCGGUUCUAUGCGGGAACUCCCUUGACCACCGAGAACAACAUCAAUUUAGGGUGCUUUUUCGCGUUGGACACCAAACCUCGGAACGGAUUGACUCCUCUGGAGAAGGACACACUGGGAUCGCUGUCAAUGCUUGUCAUGGACUAUUUGAGAAUUUGCAGGCAAGCUUCCGAAGGACGCCGGGCGGCACGCCUCUCCCGAGGACUGAGCUAUUUCGUGGAAGGAAGCUCCAGCUUUGUUGAUAGCGUGGACCCAUCACGCACCGGCAGCACCGCUCCUUUGUCAGCGGCAUCCUAUAAAAACAGUCUCUCGGGUGGCUCACCUGGAAACAGCGUACAGGAUGGGUUCCAGGGGCCAUCGACCAGUCCGCCGAACGAACGGUCCAUCAAUUCAAACCCGACUAAUCGGAUCAGUGCCUCGCGCAGCUCACGUGGCAACAGUGCAGACAAUGCAUCGCAACGGGCAUCUAACAACUCACCGAACGGCAGAUCCCCUAGCAACGAUGCGGCCUCCUUCAGUUCACAACCAUCCGAAUCGAAGCUGGAUACAGGAACCUCCGGUACCGGUCUAGGCAGCUCUCUUCCGGAAUGGUUAACGGGCGCUUCACAAAAUUGUCUACCGCCAGAUGAUUCGCAGGGAAAUUCUUGGUGCUUCCGCAGGGCUGCAAACCUACUUCGAGAGAGUCUUGACUUGAAUGGCGAAAGUGGCGUUAUCUUCCUUGAAGCAAACAACAGCCCCACGUUGGAUUUAAAUAGUGGAAGUGAUUCUUCUGAUUCAGGUGGACCUGCUCCGGUGUUGUCAGCGUCCACAAAUGAUGAGCCAUUCGCCCCUCAGGCUGGCUCAAUGGCUACUUGCGCUGCGGCCAACUUGGAUCGAUCAUUCCUGCAAUUAAUGCUUCGUCGCUAUCCUAGGGGAAAGCUCUGGUCUUUCCAUCGCGAUGGACUCAUUUCAACGUCAGAUGACGAUGAUCAACAUUCACAGGACACCAUAGGUCCCCUGACACCUACAAAUAGUUCCUCCAGUCGCUCUCUGUCCGACGCCCCACCGCCUCCACCACCUGAGCUCUCCAAACUCACGCGGAAAAGGCGCAAGGCCGCAGAGAACAGCACGUUGAACCAGUACUUCCCGAAUGCUACGCAAAUCAUGUUCGUGCCAUUAUGGAAUGCCGUUGCCUCUCAAUGGUUUGCAGGGUGUUUCUGCUGGAGUACUGUCGAGACCCAGGUGUUUUCCACUUCAGUUGAACUGAGCUCAGUGCUUGGAUUUUCAUCCUCUAUCAUGGCCGAGUAUAGCCGCGUCGAAUCUCUCAUUGCCGAUCGCCAGAAAGGCGAUUUCAUCGGCAGCAUAUCUCAUGAACUUCGCAGUCCACUUCAUGGAAUUUUAGCUGCUGCCGAGUUCUUGAACAGCACUCACCUCAACGAAUUCCAAGACUCGUUGCUAGAGACUGUCAAUGCAUGUGGCCGGACCCUACUGGAUACAAUGAACCAAGUACUUGAUUUCAGUAAAGUGGUAUCUCUGGAACGGACAUGGAAAUCAAUGAAACGCAGGAAAGAGAAACCGCUCGAUUUCAAAGGAACGGACAAGCUUGCCUAUCAUCUCGACACAUACGUAGCCACGGAUCUCGCCAUAUUAACCGAAGAGGUCGUGGAAGGCAUCUGUCUUGGCCAUGCUUACGGGCAAAGCUCAACCGCGUCGGCUGAUCUGCCCGUGUUGAUGCCGCAUCACACCAAAUCGCAAAGUGCGCGGUCUAAUGUGGAGGUUGUCAUGGAUGUGGCGUAUGGGGAUUGGGUCUACCGCACCCAGCCUGGUGCUUUACGCCGCAUUAUCAUGAACGUGUUCGGAAACGCGAUGAAGUAUACGGAAGCUGGCCGUGUCACUUUGCAGUUAGAAGCGUCAACUCACUCCGAAGGACGAUCGCGCCGGCAAGGCCUCGAGGACUUAGUCACGUUGACCGUCACUGACACGGGCAAGGGUAUAUCGGAGGAGUUUUUACGUGGCAAGCUUUACACACCUUUUGCUCAGGAGGAUUCCUUAGCUGUGGGCACCGGUCUAGGAUUGUCUAUCGUGCGAAGCUUGGUCAAGGCCUUGAGUGGAACUAUUCGCAUUCGUAGCCGACCUGGAGAAGGUACCACCGUACAUGUAUCCCUUCCUCUGGCUCGUCCUGUUGGCAAGGAAAGUCCUGCUAUCGAGUCAUCUGGGCAGCUCAUUCAGCAUCGGGAAACUCUGACCCAAACCCUUUUACUGCGCGAAGGAUAUCCAGGGAAACGAGCCGCGAUUUGGGGCGUUGACCCAGCUGGGGUCACGAGUCAUUCCAAUUGGUCCGAGAUCGCUCGUUAUCUGACAGAAUGGUACGACAUUGAGCUUGUCUCGUGGUCAACUGAAAACACAGUUGACCUUGUCCUGAUUGAUGAAAACGACUUGCCGCAAUUCCGCGAGCUCGCUCCAGCGGUCACUUUACCCGCUUUGCUUAUUUUAUGUCACAAAUCCGUGGAUUAUACCGGUGCGCUGUCCGAGUGGUUGCCUCUUGCUUCUUCUGUGAACAUCAUUCGCCGUCCUUGCGGGCCACACAAGUUAGCGCGAAGCGUGGCAAGAAGUCUAGCUCAAAAUCGAUCGGCAUCCGGGACACCUGCAUCCGUCAUGCAGCCAAUCGAUCUCCCUAUUAGGACUUCAUCAUUGCAUUCUGCAGUGUCUCCCGUCAGUUCUCCAUCUUCUGUCGGUGCCAGAAGUGCCCCGGAGCUGAAGUUACCAGCGACUCGUCUCAAAAAGUUGCGUACUUCACCCCCGGCAGGGCCAUCAGUCAUUACCUCAUUACCCGAAGAGAUUAUCGCUGCCUCCUUGCCGCCACCAUUAGUGGAUGGCUCAAUCAGCUCUUCGCGCCUGGCUCGCGUCCUGGUCGUUGACGACAACCGGAUCAAUCUCAAUCUGAUGAUGACAUUCUUGAAAAAGCGCCAGCUCACCGAGCUGGAUGCUGCCGAGAAUGGCAAGUUGGCAGUGGAGGCUGUCGAGCGCAUGCAGAGCGGAUACGAUAUUAUCUUCAUGGACAUUUCCAUGCCUGUCAUGAAUGGCUUUGAGGCUACUCGUGCCAUUCGUUCAUUAGAAAAGGACGAAGAUGGCCGCAAGCCUGCCAUCAUUAUUGCCUUGACAGGGCUCAGCAGCUCACGCGAUGAGUCUGACGCUAUGGCCUCUGGUGUCGAUUUGUUCCUCACUAAGCCUGUCUCGUUCAGGGAAGUCUCUCGGCUUCUGGGUGAGUGGGAAAAUAAUGCAAUGGAGAAAGAACUGAAGCAGUCUUGA